AUGGCCACCUCAGGAACGCAAUAUGUUAUGCAAGCCGGCCUGGCAUCAGGCAUGUCGGCGACAGAGGGCAUCCACUCGCCGCAUCCCAAGCCCGUCGACCCGCACCUCAGCGACCCAGCCUACGUCCUCCCAGCAGACGUGAUGCCAGACUCGCAGAGCCGGAUCGCGCUGCACGGCCGCGGCGGAAAGGACGUGCUGACGCCGUACAUGAGCAUCGGGACAUGGUCAUGGGGCGACAAAGCCACGUUCGGGUACGAUGCGACGCGCGACCUGCCCCGGAUCCACGCGGCGUGGAAGAAGCUCAAGGCCGUGGGCCUGACGUUUGUGGACACGGCGCAGUCGUACGGCGACGGCGAGAGCGAGCGGAUCUGCGGCACUCUGUUCAAAGGCAUGGCGCGAGACUCUUUCGUGGUGCAGACUAAGUGGCUGUCGACACCGGACAUGACCAACAUGCUGCUGCAGUCGCGCGGGCCCAAGGCGCGCCUCAAGGACUCGCUGAGUCGUUUGGGCCUCGACUACGUGGAUAUCUAUCUGGUGCAUGGGCCGAUCCAUCCCAGCAUGAUCUCGACUGUCGCCAAGGGCAUGGCCGACUGCGUUCAGGCGGGGAUGACGCGUGCCGUGGGUGUUGCCAACUACGACACCCAGGAGAUGAUCAAAAUGGCCGACGAGCUGGCCAAGAACGCGGUCCCGCUGGCCGUUUCGCAGUGCGAGUAUUCGGUCAUCCGUCGCUUCCCCGAGGUCAGUGGUAUGAUUCGGGAGUGCCGCAAGCGUGGCAUCUGUUUCCAGGGCUUUGCCUCGCUCGCUGAGGGCCGUCUGACGGGCAAAUACUCGCGGCUCAAUGAGCCGCCCCGUACCCUGCGCUUCAGUAGCUACCCGAUGCACAUGCUCGAGCCUACGCUCAAUGUGCUCAAACGUAUUUCCGAGGAGCGUCGCGUUCCCGUCCCUGCGGUUGCGCUCAACUUCUCCAUCAACAAGGGCGUCGUGCCCCUGGUGGGGGUGCGCGAUGCCGAGCAGGCCGAGCAGAACAUGCAGGCGCUGGGCUGGCGGUUAACAGAGGACGAGAUCAAGCGCAUCGAGGCCGUGAGUAUCCGAGGGAACACGUCGUCGCUUCUUCAGCAUGGAUAG